AUGCCUAGUGGUUGUUUGUUUUGUGAUGUGUGUGGUUCAUAUGAUCAUGAUUCUAGUAAUUGCCCUCAUGCUUUUCCGGAUGGGAAUGAUGAUUUUGAUAAUAAUGAGAGUGACCAAGUGAACUAUGUGUCAAACUAUAAUAAUGUGCAAAGGACUUAUUUGGAGGAAAUCAUUGAAAAUCAAACAAAGUUGUUGAGCACUUACAUGGUCGUAAGUGAGAAGAAAUUAAAUGAGGUGAUCACUCAUAAUAAGAUGCUAGAAAACAAAAUUUCUCAACUUGCCAAUGAUUUGAAAGGCCAUGCUAGUCCUUCAUAUAUACCUUCCCAAGGCUUAGAUCCUAAGAGACCCAUGAAUGCUAUUGUUACAAGGAGUGCUAAGGUUCUUGAGGAGAGUUUGCCUAGGAAGAGUGGAACUAAGGAGGUCCCUAAGGAGGCCUUGGUAGAGGAUGAGAGAAAUGGUGCAUCUUUGAGUGAGGUUGUAAUUGAGACACCUAGAGAGGUUAGAGUAGAGAAAGAGAUUGUGAAACCCAAGCUUCCAUAUCCACAAAAAUUCAUGAGAUAUAAGUUGGAGGAACAAUUUGGAAGAUUUAUUGACAUGCCUAAACAACUUCAUCUUUCUAUACCUUUUACCGAAGUUGUUACCCUAAUGCCCAACUAUGCAAAAUUCCUCAAAGAUAUUUUGAGUGGUAGGAGGUCUUGUGAUGUGGUUGAGACGGUCAACUUGAUUGAAAAUUUUAGUGCAAUUAUAAUGAACAAGAUGCCACCCAAGUUGAAAGAUCCCGGAAACUUCUUUAUCCCUUGUGCCAUUAAAAUUAAUAAUACCUUAUUUGACUUAGGAGAUUUUGUGGUGCUUGAAAAGGAUGAAGAUGCUACCAUUCCCAUUACUCUUGGUAGACAUUUUCUUGCUGCCUCGGGUGCUAUGAUUAAUGUUAAGAGUGCGAAAAUUUUACUAAAGGUAGGAGAAGAGGUUAUUGAAUUUGACUUGAUUGAAAGCAUGAAGUAUCCAUGUUCUUCUCUAGAAAAUUGCAUGUUGAUUGAUUCUCUUGAUCUUGUUGUAUCUUCCAAGCAUGAUCACUUGCUCACUUCUAAUGAUCCUAUUGAGAAUGUCUUUUUGAACAAGGAUAAGAUAUAA